AUGGUAUCUUCUGGUACAGCUCUGGAUACAAUGCUGCGCGAACUUUUUGACUCGGGAGAUCUUGUAAGCCUUCUGCUUGAGAUCUUGCUGGACCCCACGUUCUUCAAGGAGACUCCGGAGUACAUCGCAUAUUCCGUCUAUCCUCUCACGAUAGUCGCUUCGUAUGGAGACCUGCCUGUUGCUCUCGCCGUUCUACUUCGGUCAGCGACGCCCCUCUGGACACACGUGUGGGACAAUCGUCGCCACCUCACUGCGUUCUCCACUUCGCAGGAAGGUGAAAGGGCGCUUGAGAACUGGUUACGAGUCAUCCCUGACUCGUUGAUUUAUGGUUGUCGGUUUC